ACCUACGCCGCCGCCGUCUCCCGGGACCCCGGCCGGGUGCCGCCCGCCUUCCUGCCCGACGUCGAGGGCGCCGACACCCCCGUCCACGAGGUCAAGCGCAAGGGUGGUGAUUUGAGAUAUUGCCAGAAAUGUGGCCACUAUAAGCCCCCACGCGCACACCAUUGCCGUGUGUGCAAGAGAUGUGUUCUGAAAAUGGACCAUCACUGUAUUUGGAUUAAUAACUGUGUUGGGCACGAGAACUACAAGAUAUUCUUGGUCUUUGUAUUGUAUGCUGUAAUUGCAAGCUUCUAUUCAAUGAUUCUAAUUGUAGGGAGCGUCAUUUACAGUGCUCCGAAAGAUGAACAGUUAAGCAGUGAUUCUUCUAGAACAUUGAUUAUUAUUUGUGGGAUCAUUCUUUGUCCAUUAACUCUGGCGCUGUCAGUGCUCUUGGGCUGGCAUAUCCACCUCAUAUUACAGAAUAAAACUACAAUUGAGUACCAUGAAGGAGUUAGAGCAAUGUGGUUGGCAGAAAAGGGUGGAGACCUUUAUCAGCAUCCAUAUGACCUUGGUGUCUAUGAGAAUCUUAUUUCGGUGCUUGGGCGUAGCAUAUUCUGCUGGCUCUGCCCAGUAUCAGUCAAUACAGGCAAUGGCCUACGGUUCCGUGCAUCGUAUGAUAUUUUACCAUCUACACCACCAUGUGAUUUACAAAAGAUAGCAUUACAUUCACAUUGAGGUACAUAGGUUGCUAAUAUGAGAAAGGGGAUUGAUAUUCCUAUUCAAGUGCCCAAAGUGUACCAUUUCUGAGCCAUUCUGGAUACUUCUUAAAACCCUCAAAUUUAAGAUAUGAGAAAGGAUACCUGCGGAUCCAGAAGUAUUUCUUCCUCUCCAGGGUUUUGUUUUGAGAUGGUCGUAUUUCCGGUGAGGAAGAUGACUGCUGCCUCAGCUCAUAAUCGGCUGUGUUUGUACACAAAAAGUCUAACCCUUAUGUUGUAAAGUAAAUGUACAUGCUGUGUUCGGAAGCGAAAGCACAUCAAAGCAAAUUUUGCUGAGAUGCACAUCUGUUCAGAA